AUGGUUAAAGGGAAUACAAAAACAAUUGAUGCACAUUUCAAAAGGAGAAGAACUGACCAAGAAUCAGUCAAUGAAGAUCCUUCAACUCACCCUCCACCCUUGUUUCAGUUGGAGCAGCAAAAUCAGGAAGAACUAGAAGUGCAGAGAAACAAUGAACAAGUUUUAUUCAGAGGUAUUGAAUUCUUGGAGAGAGACCCAGCAAAGCGCCCACAAAUUUGGCAAUAUCCACCUAACCAAAGAGAUGUUGUCAAACGGAGAGCAAUCACCAGGCAUAUUGUCUAUUUUGCUUUGUCUCCAACAAAAGAAAGACCCAACAAGGUGGUUCUGAUGUCUUCACCGUUCAAGGUUUUGGAUCCUGGAAGAAGGGGUCAUGAUGAGACAGAACAGUCAAGGAAUAAAGGGAACUUUCUUGAAUUGAUAAUGCUUCUAGCUGAAUUCAAUCCUGAUAUUGCUGAAGUUGUUUUGAGAAAUGCUCCAUACAACUCGAAGUACACAUCUCCUGACAUUCAGAAGGAGAUUUUGGGUAUUUUUGCUGCUAAAGUUAGAAAACAAAUUCGAGAUGAAAUUGGGGACUCUAAAUUUGCUAUUCUGGUGGAUGAAACAUGUGAUGCUUCAAAGAGAGAGCAAAUGGCAGUGGUUUUCAGAUUUGUUGACAGCAAUGACAUUUUGCAAGAGCGGUUCUUUGAUUUGAUACAUGUCACGAACACCAAAGCUGCAACACUUAAAGAAAACUUAUGUUCUAUGUUAUCUAACCACUCUUUUGAUAUUCAGAACCUUUGUGGUCAAGGAUACGACGGGGCUAGUAAUAUGAAAAGGGAACUAAAUGGAUUGCAAGCUCUUUUUAUGAGAGAAUGUCCUUAUGCAUAUUAUGUUCACUGCUAUGCACAUCGCUUGCAACUUGCACUAGUUGAUGCAGCCAAGGAUGUUGUUCCGGUUACACAAUUUUUUCAGAAGCUGAAUUUUAUUGUUACCACUGUUGACUCCUCUUCAAAGCGCCAUGAUGAACUGCAUGAAGCUCAAAUGGUUGAAAUGGCACGCAGAUUAGCUAUCGAUGAUCACGAAACUGGUCAGGGGGCAAAUCAGAUCUGCGCACUGAAACAACCAGGAGACACUAGGUGGGGUUCCCAUUUUGGAUCGAUUUUGAGUCUUAUGCAUUUGUUCAAUGCAGUAAGUUCUGUCCUCCAAAAUUUAGCUGCUGAUUCUUCAGCCGGUGCAAACCGUGCUGAUGGUGAUACUUCCUUCAACUAUUUGACCUCUUUUGAAUUUAUAUUCAUCAUGUGCAUGAUGAAAGAAAUAAUGGAGAUAACUGAUGACCUCAAUCGAGCUCUACAAAAGAAAUCUCAAGACCUAGUAAAUGCUGUCCGUUUAGUGCAUUCAACAAAAGUACUUCUUGGCCAACUAAGAUCAGAUGAUGGUUGGGAGGAUUUUUUUAUCAGAGUUACAGAAUUCUGUGUGAACCAUGGCAUUGAUAUUCCAGACAUGCAGGAAACCUACAUUAUGCGUGGUGGUCGUGCUCGUCGCCAGGCUGACCAUUUUACAAAGGAGUUAUAA